CAAUGCCUGGUUGGUCGAUUACCAGGCUUCGCCGUAGUGUGGCCACAUCAUAUGUGUAUAAACGAAUGAAAAAUUAAUUAGAGUGACUCGUUCAUAUACUUUCACGUUCUAUCGCUCAAAAAUUCGGGUGUUCUACUGUUAUUUUCUUCGGAAACCAAAUGGACAGUAACAAAGACGAGGCGGAUCGAUGUCUGGAAUUUGCGGUGCAGUUCAUUCUUGAUGGACAAUGUGACAAGGCCGAGAAAUUCCUCCAAAAGGCUCAAAAGCUUUUUCCAACCAAAAGAGCUGAGGAUCUUUUAUCUAAGUUAGCGAUGAAGACAAAGCAAAAUCCAAAGUCAGAGGGAGAACCAGAGCUCAGAAAACGUCAUUCUAUUUCUAAGGAUGGAAGCCAGACACAGCAAAGUAGCAAUGAUUUUACCAAGGACCAAAUUGAAGCCGUUAAAAAGAUCAAGAAGUGUAAAGACUAUUAUGAAAUUCUUGGUGUGAGUAAGGAUGCAACCGAUGGUGAUAUUAAGAAGGCAUAUAAGAAAUUGGCACUCCAGUUACACCCUGACAAAAACAAGGCUCCAGGAGCUGCAGAAGCUUUUAAAGCAAUCGGCAAUGCCGUCGCAGUACUCAUUGAUCCUGAAAAACGAAAACAAUAUGAUCUUUAUGGCUCUGAGGAAGAAAGAGUACAGAACGCCCACAACCGUCAGACUCAUUCUCAUUAUAACUACACCCGAGGCUUUGAAGCCGAUAUCACUGCCGAAGAACUCUUCAACAUGUUUUUUGGCGGUGGGUUUCCACAGCAAAAUGUCUAUGUUCGAAGAGGUGGUGGACGAUGGGCUCGUCAGGCAGAUGCUCAGACACAGCAUGCUCAUGCACAGCAAACAAAUGGAUACACAGCAUUUGUUCAAAUGUUACCUAUAUUGCUGUUGAUCGUACUUUCAAUGAUGAGCAGUUUCUUGAUAUCUGAUCCAGUAUACAGUUUGCAUUCAAAUGCUAAAUACUCUAUUCAGCGAACUACACAAGGAAUGAAGGUUCCUUAUUACGUGAAAGAGAAUUUUCACAGCGAAUAUCAAGGCAGCCUACGUAGAUUAGAAAUAUCUGUUGAAGAGGAAUUUGUAAAUAAUCUUAGACAAGCGUGCUACAGAGAAAAAAAUUAUAGAGAAACAAUGAUAUGGAAAGCUCAAAACUUUGCAGACAGAGAUUUACUAUGGCGGGCACAAAACAUCGAGACACCGUCAUGCAGAAAACUACAAGAGAUGCAAAGCGCAUAGUAGUAAUGAUACUUCUGAAUUGAUUAUUUAUUCUCUGUAGAUACAUCUAUUUCGCAUUUGAUGCAAGAAAUGAAAUCAGUGUCGACGUCACCAAAGUUGCUCGGUUUUAAAGAUACAUGCUUUGUAGAAGUUUAUAAAUUGACACUGGUAUCCCAUGUGGAUGUUGAGUCAGGGAUAAUUGUUAAUGUCCUUGUACGAAAUAUUACCCGACUAUUAUUUAUAAUUUUCUGUUAGCGUUUUCUCUUGCCUGGAAUAAAUCAGAAUAUAGACUGUCUUCGGUCUUUUCAUCCAAAGGAUUCUGAGAAGCUCCUUGUGAGUAUCACACCAGAAAUCUGUACAUGAUUGUAUUAUGGUCUUUGUAGUUUUCAAUAAUUUUGCUAAUAUCGCAUGGAA